AUGGCCACCCGCUCAGUGUUUGCCCUGUUCAAGCCCGGUCUACUGGACACACGUGGCUAUGCAUAUGGUCAAGCGGAGCUACUGGACGGAGACGACGCAGCGUCCGUUGUCGACGUUCGCCGCGUUAAUUCGGGGAGAUGGAGCGCCUUAGGCGAUUUUGAGGUCCGGCGCCCAAGGUCGGAGAUGCUACUGCGUGCUGUAUCGGAGGAAGAAGCCACAGGUGGGAUCGGAACCUAUGUUGGAGCGUGUGCCUGCGUUGCGCGGGUCCCUCCAUCGGCAGCGCCUUCCUGGAACUACGGAGCUGUUGCCGGCUACAGCUGGGGCACGCUGGUUCAUGGCGGGGAACACGAGAUCGAAGCGCUGGAGUACGCGCCAUACACGUUGCGACCCUGCAACAAUCGACCAAUCAUCGACUUAAUGCCCGCUGAGAUGCGAGCCAUUCACGCGGCAGCUCUCAACCACUUUAAAGGCGUGGGCUGCAGAGCCACAAGACGCUCGAAGUCGAUUCUCGAGAAGUUACAAGCUCCGUUGAUGGACGAGGACAGCACAAUUGUGCUCUACGAUGCCUCAAAAGGACGAAUCUGCCGUGUCUCGACUAAGUAUGUUCUUGACUACGCGUACUACAAGGAGGGUGGACGCCGGAUCCCGCGAGGGGUAGCUCUCGGCGACUCCAUCUUCGAGACUCCAACACUCGGGACCCCUGGGGUUCCUUCGCUGGGUGCCAGGAUCCCGACGCGCGGCGCAACAGGAGCCGUAGAACCAGCAAUGACUUCAAUGGCGGCCGCUUUAAGAGAUUCGGACGAGGAUGAUGACGACGAUGUCCCCCAGCCUGACAUGCAUCGCCCAAGUGCUUCGCCGCCCUUGUCAGCACCUAUUGCAUCGCGCAAGCGUACACGUGACAUUCGCGAGGCUUUGACGGACGAUAUGAAUUCGCUCUCAACGCUCCGUGAUACGUACGCUACGAACCCUGCGAUGGUGCGCCAGAUCGAUCGUCUCCUGUCGCUGAACCAGCCAGCAUCGACUACAUCUGACGGGGCGACCAGCGGCGCGGCAGACACCAAGGCACAGUUUCGCCCGACUGCAAUACAGCGCCAGAUCAACCGCCAGCUAAUAAAUGGUUCGCCUCCGGUCGACUGA